GGCAGAAAGGCAUGCCUCCCUGCUUAGAAUAUAAAAGUUAAGAGGCUCAGGAAGACACACAUUUUGGGACAGUGAUCUGGCAAACACAGGUACAGAGAAGGUCCCUCUCAUGCACAUGCAAGCGUGUUUCCUGGUUCGCAAAAAUUAAGUUUUCUUUCUGUACUUACUAGAGGACUGGCACCUGAGAACUCAACAAUGGCACAAUCUUGCUUAAGAUACUCUGCGACAAAAAAAGAAACUACAUCUAAGUGGUCAGACAUAAUUAAGAACAGUGUACAGACAGCAACAGAACCCAAACACAUAUACCUGCUGAACACAGUCAAGAGAGCACUGAAUAAAGAUGAAACAGCCAGGAGAUACACGUUUGGAAGAAAGGACCCCAACAAAAGGAACAGGACAAUCAUGAUGGUGGGAGAAACAGGAACAGGGAAGUCUGCGCUCAUCAAUAGAAUGGUCAACUACAUACUGGGUGUAGAGUGGGAAGAUAAAAUCAGGUUUGAAAUAAUCCCAGAUGACGGCAAAAGGUCCCAAACUGAAUCUCAAGACACUGAAAUUAAUGCCUAUGAGAUUUUUGGACUGGACAAGCUGUCUGUUCCUUUUUCCCUCACAGUCAUUGAUACACCAGGAUAUGGAAACACAAGAGGUCUGGAUAAAGAUAAAAACAUUGCACAGAAUCUGUACAUAUUCUUGAAAUCUUCAAGUGAUGUUCAACAAUUAGAUGCAGUUUGCCUCGUGGUGAAGGCAUCUCAAAAGCGCCUAAGUCCCAGCCAGAAAUACAUCUUUGAUGCCAUUCUGUCCAACUUUGGGAAAAACAUGAAUAAAAACUUCAUGAUUCUCAUCACCUUCUCAGACUGGAUACCACCUCUAGCUCUUUCUGAGUAUGGUGCACCUUUACUCAAAGAUGAAAACAAUGAACCUGUUUACUUCCUGUUCAACAACCUUUCUCUUCAGAAGUUUGCUAAGAAAUACGAAGAAACAUAUAAAACAGCCUGGGAUAAUGGAGCAGAGAGCUUCAAAGAGUUUUUUCAGACUUUAGAUAAAAUGGAACCGCAAAACUUGAAGAUGACCGAAAACGUCUUGAAGGAACAUUGUCUCCUGGAAGAGGGUGUCCGGAACUUGGAGAGUCAGAUUAAAGUGGAGAAGGAGAAGCACAGGGCACUUGAAGAGCUGCAGAAAAGUUUGGAAGAGCACAAAGAGGACAUGACGAAAAGUAACAUCUAUCAGAAUACAUCAGAGACACGCCGCUGUAAAUGGUGGGUCGGUAUAUGCUUAAUGUGGGGUUUUUUAAAGAAUUCGGUAUAUAUCAUUCGCCAUGCUAUAUGGAGAUUAUGUGCUACUAUAUAUAGAAACUAUAGAAAAUUACGGGGCAAACAAUAUGAAGCCAUUCCCGAAACCUGCAGCUCCAAGGGCCACCAAAAAGAAGAUGAAGAAAGAAUAACAGAUGAGGAUCCUAAAAAAGAUGCCAAGCACAAACUAACCACAGAAAUAUCCAGACUUGAAAAAGAGCUGAAAGACAUAGAGGCUGUGAAGACCAAACUGAUGGAGAGGUGUUACCGGUCCGUUCUCGAGCUUGAACAGCUUGCUCUGAAGUUUGAUUCAGGUUCUACUCCUCAGAGCAUUCUCAGGCUGAUUGAAAUGCUGAAGGAGAAGAAAGACACAAAGAAGGUGGAAAAGCUGCAGAUGAUGCUGAAGAAGACUGUGUGAGGAGAUUAACACACACGGAGAGCACGCGUGUUCAGUGAAGCCUCUGUAGUUCUAUGCGUUAAGUUUUCUGCAGACAGUAGUACCUGACACAUCUAUGCCUGCCUCCUGGGCGUUUCUGAUCUGUCAGAAAAGUGUUUCUUUAUUAGGGUGAGAAUUUUGCAGUCAUAAACUGAAGUUCUUCCUUAGCUUACCAGGCUCUUUAAGAUUACUGAGCUCAGCAGUUCUCUCUUUCUUCUUAAUGAUGUUCAAAACAGUUAGUUUUGGUAAGCCUGUGGUUUGGCUUAUAGCUCUGACUUUUUUAUUUUUUUAUUUCUCUGUCUCAUAGUGGCUUUCUUGAAUUUAAUUGGCACCAAUCUGGUUCUUAUGCUUAUGCUGAAAGAUGGCAAUAACAGAGGCAAUCAAAAGCCUAGAAUCAAAACUAAGAUAUUGAAAGCUCUCAUAUACUUGCAGUAACAAAGCAAUUGAACACACCUGACUAAUUAGAAACCUGAUGAAGCCAUUUGUUCCAAACAUUAUGUUGCCCUGAAAUGGGUGGCGGAGUUGGGGUGGUCAUUUAUAAAAUGUUAUUUCUGCAUGGUGAUACCAACAUGUACUAAAAUUUGAUAAAAGUUGAGAAGUGUGCUUUAAGCACUUAUGCAUUAUUUGAGUGUAAAUAUAAAAUUGUGGAGUACAAAGCCAAAUGAAGAAAAAUUGUCUUUGUCCCAAACAUUAUGGAGCUCACUGUAUAUAUGCUUUAGCUAUUGACAAAGACGAUUAUUUGCUCAAUGAAAAUAGUUAUGAAUACGAGCAAUCAUUUACUUAAAUGCCUUUGUUUCUCAGCUAUUUACUGUUUGAUUUUCUAAGUGUUGUGUAUUGCUGAACUUGUGCGAUAUGUGAAUACCUUUCUAUCUGGAUAACAUUUGACAACCCAACUAAUGGACA